AUGGCUAGCCCGAGUGGCCCGCGAUUCUCGAUAUUGAUCAUCAAUCCAAACACAUCAACGCAUAUGACAAGUGCGCUAGUCCCGAUCUUGGAGAACCUUGGAUAUUCCGACGUCCACUUCGAUUACUUUACAGCUCCUGAAAACGAGAUCGUCACCCUUCCAGAUGGCCGAGUCAUUCACGGCGUGCCCAGCAUAAACUCUGGAGAAGAUUCGGUCCUGUCAGCCCUUCACUGCAGACAAUUUGUGGAGCCGCUAGUCUCGAAGUACGAUGCGUUUCUCGUCGCCUGUUAUUCCGCACACCCUCUCGUUGGAAUGAUUCGCGAAGCUAUAGAGAAGCUUGAAGAUGCAGCAAUACUAGAACUUGGUUCAGCAGCAAACGUCAGGAAGAAGUAUGUGACGGGGAUCUUUGAAGGGAGCAUAGUGGCGUCUCUAUCAUUUGUUAGCUCUUUCCAGCUAACUUGGGAUGGUGGCUUCGGCAAAUCGCAAGCAAAGGAUGCAUUUGGCAUCGUCACGACCGGUAGCAUCUGGAAGACUGAGCUCACGAACGCUGUCUCGGAUAUGCUCGUCAACUCGGGUGACCAUACAUCAUCCCUGGGACGCUUUGCUGGGGUCGAAACCACAGGACUCACUGCCGUUGAACUACAUACCACCCCUCCUGAAGAGGUGCGGCGCAGGAUCAUUGAGGCUACCGAAAUAUUGAUCAGAGGAACCCCGCGCCCUGUCACGGCAAUCUGUAUGGGCUGCGCCGGUAUGGCCGGCAUGGAGGAAGCAGUGAGAGAAGGAUGCGUCAAGGCAUACGGCAGGAAACAGGGCAGCCGCGUGAAAAUUGUUGACGGUGUUGUUGCUGGUGCUGGGAUGCUUGUGACUGCUUGCAAAGCUGGUUUCUGA